UUCUGGCAUUCCCAUGGAAAAAAUCAGUGGCUCCAGAACAGGUGUUUACAUAGGGCUCAUGAACAGAGACUAUGAAACACUACUAAACAACAGCCCCAGUACAAUAACCCAUUAUAAUGGCACGGGGACAGCUAUGAGUAUCGCAGCCAACAGGAUCUCCUACACAUUCAACCUCACUGGGCCUUCAUUUGCCAUAGACAGUGCUUGCUCUUCCUCCUUAGUUGCAGUCCACUCCGCUUGCCAGGCAAUCAGACAAGGUGACUGUGAGAUGGCACUUUGUGGAGGAGUUAGCUGUAUUCUUGAACCACGGAUCUUUGUGGCUCUCAGCAAAGCUAAAAUGAUUUCCCCUGAAGGCACCAGUAAACCCUUCUCCAAAACAGCAGAUGGAUAUGGGAGAGGUGAAGGCUGUGGGAUAGUUCUUCUAAAAACUUUGAAAAAAGCUCUUCAGGACUUUGACCAUAUAUGGGGCAUAGUCUGCAAAACGGCAGUAAAUCAAGACGGCCGCACUGUCACUCCGAUCACAAAGCCAUCUAUGGUCCAGCAGGAGGAGCUGCUAAAUACAAUUUACUCUACAGGGACCUACCUGUCUGAUAUCCAGUACGUAGAGGCUCAUGGGACCGGGACUCCAGUGGGAGAUUCAGUAGAAGCAGGAAGCAUCUCUAAAGUCAUUGCCAAGGCACGGCCCUCAGAGUUAGGGCCGCUCCCUAUUGGCUCAGUUAAGAGUAACAUCGGACACACGGAAUCUGCAGCAGGAGUGGCAGGACUGAUUAAGGUACUUCUAAUGAUGAAGCAUGAAACCAUUGUACCUUCAGUAUUCUACUCAGAGGAAAGUUCUAGCAUAGAUGUUCAAGCUCUCAAUCUAAAGAUUCCUACCAAAGCUGAAACAUGGUAUUGCACUGGUUCCACUGAGAGGGUGGCUGGAAUUAAUAGUUUUGGUUUUGGCGGAACUAAUGCACAUGCAAUCAUCAGAGAAUAUAAACAUGCCUCUUCUAAAUUAGAAAGGUUUGGUUCUAGGAAAUUGUUCCCAUUAUCUGCUGCCACAAGUAAAUCCCUUGAGAUGUGUAUUGCUGACACUUAUCUAAGAAUCGGCACUGAAGAUAAAGUUGACCUAACGACUCUUUUGUAUACGUCGGCAUGCCGAAGAAGUCACACUAAACAUAAAUAUAGGAAAGUGUAUGUUACGGCAUCUUUUUCAGAUUUAAAGGAACAGCUGAGAACUAGCCUAAACAAGAGGUUUGAUGCUUUUAAAUCAGACCCCAAGGUAGUCUUUGUCUUCUGUGGGAACGGGGUUACAUACAGGGGAAUGUGCAAACAGCUCCUAAAAGAGGAUCCUGUUUUCAGAGAAAAGAUCCGCGAGAUAGAAAACUAUUUUCAGGAUUACAGAAGUACAAGCAUUUUACAAAAGAUACAAAGCAGCUUUGACAACGAUGAUUUCUCAAAGCCAGACAUUGUCCAGCCCCUCCUUUUUGCUACUCAGGUUGCCACGGCUCAUUUGCUCAAGCACUGGGGCAUUAGACCCACUGCUGUACUCGGGCACUCUGUUGGAGAAGUUGCUGCAGCCCAUUGCUCUGGGCUUUUGUCUCUAGAGGAAGCGGUGAAAGUAAUCUAUUAUCGGAGUGUUCUCCAAAGCAAAGUCACUGGAGGGAAGAUGCUUGUUGUUGGUAAUAUAACUGUCUCUAACAUUUUGGAAAUUCUUCCAGCUUACACAGGAAAAGUGUGUCUUGCUGCUUUGAACAGUCCUCUGUCAUGUGUACUAUCAGGGGAGAGUGAUGCUAUUGAAAGCAUGCAACAAAUGUUAAAGAACUCAUUUAAGGCAAAGAAUAUGUUCCUUCAUGUCUUGGAUGUUCCUGCUGCCUACCACAGUCACAUGAUGGAUCCAGUACUGACUCAAAUUAGAGACAGCAUUGGGAAUUUAAAUAGGCAUGAACUGGAAUGCGAGUUAUUUUCUACAGUAACAGGGAGGAUGUGUAGUAUGGGAGAUUUUGUCACUGGGGAGUACUGGGCAAGAAAUAUCAGAAAUCCAGUAGUAUUUGAUCAAGCAGUAAGAGCAGUGGCUAGUAAUAAAAAGAAUGUAAUCUUUGUUGAAAUUGGCCCAAAAAGGGCUCUCCAGAGGAACAUUAUGGAGACAUUAGGAAAUGACACAGUGGUGCUUUCCUCGAUCCAGCCAGACAAAGAUCAUGAUGCACUACUUACUGUUGUAUCCGAACUGUUUGAGCUUGGAGUCAAUGUAGACUGGGAUAGGUUCUAUAAUGGGUUUCAGUCCUUGCCAGCUUCAUACCCAGUCUAUCAGUUUGAUUGCCCUAAAAAGGAUGUAUACUUUGAAGAAGUAAGACUAGGUAAUGAGGUGAUCGCUCUCUGCCCCCAUCCCCUGGUAGUUCCACAUAAAUCUAAUAACAGAAUGUACAAAUGCAAUCUGUCAGUAGAAGCCACACCUUACCUUUGGGAGCACAAGAACAAUGGUAUAGUCAUCGCUCCGGGUGCUCUGUAUACUGAACUGGCUUUGGCUUCUGUUAUGGAAUCUGUCAUCUCAAAGAUACCUCUUGCUUCACUGCAACUUACGAUAAGCUUUCAGAAUUUGCUUAUUCUUAGUAAGAGCUCUCACUGUCUGAAAGUGCAGCUUGAACCACAUGAGGACAGCACUUUGUUUCAGAUACAGUCCUCUGCUACAACGCAUGCGUCAGGCACCAUUGCCUAUGGAAAAGGACCAGCUAUGACUGACCACCAGGACAUUUUCUUGGACCACAUUUUAAAGAGAUGUCAAUCAGUCAUACCAAUGGAACAGGUAUAUGUUAUGCUUAAGCAGGCAGGGUUUGAGUAUGGGCCUAUCUUUCAACAGCUGGGUGACAUUCAGUAUGGAGAAGAUUUCAAAGAAGCAGUAGCUGAUAUCAGGAUACCAGAUCAAUUGCUAACCCAGCUUAACAAGUACUGCUUGCAUCCUGUUGUAUUAGAUUAUUUUAUGCAGAUGACCUCAGUUUUAACCCUGAGUAACAGCACUAUUAGACAUGGAUUUCCCUCUGAAAUUGGCAGCAUGGUGAUAACUGCACCUCUAUGCAAGGAAAUGGUUAUAUAUAUGAGGCUUACGCAGGAAAUGCCAGAAUACUUUGAGGUAUGUGGUUGCUUCACAGACAGAAAAGGACACACCCUUGUGGAACUGAAGGAUGUUAGAAUCACACUUGUAGGAGACGAUGCAAAAGUUACUGACUUUUACUUCUUUCAUAAUGAAAGAUUCAUUGUCCCUGCUAUUACCAGCAUGCACAGCAAACCAAAAGCUGUUGUCUUUGAGGACACUUUAGGCAUCGCUAAUGCCCUGAAGGCAUAUUUACAUUCAUCAUCUGUAUUUUUUUCUCCUGCUGAUGACGGUUUUUCUUCUUCACAAGUUUCAGACCUUCUAUUGCACUUGGAUCAAUGUUCAGCUGAUAUAGAGAAAAUUCUCUUUAUCUGCAGCUGUCAAAACCUCAGCUUUCUUAGAACCCAGACAGUUCUGGAGCAGUUGGCUGACAACUGUGAGCUUUUCCGUCAAAUUGUUUUGACUAUGAGAAAGUGCAAGCACUUGCACACUAUUCAUGUCAUAACUUACAGAUCCUCUGACAGCUCUGUUGAUCACAUUAGUCCAGGAUUUGUGCUAUCAGGUAUGACGAGGGCCUGCGCUGCUGAGUUGUCGGAAAUUUCUUUUCAGUUGAUAGACCUUGGCACAGUGUCAAGUGAGGAUAUAAAAGCACUGGCUUAUGUAAUUUGCUCCUAUAAAAUCUAUGAGUACCCAGAGGUCAUGAUAAGUCAAGGACAUGUCCAAUCAACAGUGAUAACGCGAACAGCCCUUAAUAAUAUAGUCGAAGGUGUAAACUCUUCAUGGUCAGAGUGCUUCACUCUACAGACAGCCAACCCAUAUGAAAUGGCUUGCUUGUCAGCCAUACCAACUAACGAGGUAGUUGAUUUCAUUGAUGAAAAAAAUGUGGCAGUUCGGCUCUGUAAAAUUAGCAUGCACACCUCAGACUAUUUUCCAGUCAGUCAGUCUGAGCUUAAAUUUGGUCAGACUCUAUAUUGGAACAAACACGCAUCUCAGAACCACAAACUUUUAGCCCUUGAUUUUAGUGGCAUUGUUACAGCUGUGGGAAAGGAUGUACAAAAACUGAAAGUAGGAGACCAUAUAGUCUCCUGUUACCCCAUUGUAGCAGGCUCCAGGGUUACCCUUCCAGAGGAGGCUUGUUAUAAAACAAAGAGACUUGAGUUUUUAAAGAAAACCCCUUGUGUUUCUUAUAUUAUACUUGCAUGGGAGAUUCUGCACAGUGCAUUACCUAAGAUCAAACGAAACAAAACAUUGGGUAUUUUCUCCACAACUCCAGACUCUGCUCUCAUGCAGGUGUUAACAGUCAUAGCAAAGGAGUCAGGAUGGAAUGUUAUCACGGCAAUAGAACUAAACACACUUGGCCAACAUUUAGACCAGUGCCCUGUCCUAGUUCUCAUACCACCUUAUGAUAAGUUAUGCCUGUCACAGUUAAGUAGUAAGGCCAGUACAAAACACAUUUUUCUUGUAUGUGGAAAUAAUGCACCGCCAACAAAUAUUCUUCCAAAUGACAGUGAGAAUACAUGCUUCCACUUUGUUCAACUAGGCAGCAUUUUCCAGAAAUCCCAUCUCCAUACACAGAGUUCUGAUGUAAGCAGAUGGCUAAAAAGGUUGAACUUGGAUAGCUACUUUUUAUCCUUACCAAGCAAGGUUUUCCAGUCUCCCCAAACUGAAGGCGAUAAUAUCGGAUCAUACUUCACUGCUAAAACUGUAUCCAUGAUUGUUCUAGAUAACAAUGGGUCUAGGAAGUCUCAGAUACAGCUACACCCAGGACCAAUCCAGCUCUUCUCAAAGACUGCAGUGUACAUAGUUUCAGGUGGUUUAUCUGGAUUGGGACUUGAAACAGUGAAGUUCAUUUCACACUGCGGUGGGAAGUGCGUUGCCACACUGUCAAGGAGUGCUCCAUCUGAGGAGACACAGCUACAAUUCAACAACCUUAAAAAGAGAUAUGGAGUAAGAAUAAUCACUCUCCAGUGUGAUGUGUCUGUAUCGGAUGAGGUACUGAAGGCAGUCACCAUUAUUGGACAAAGCUUCCCUUCCUGCCCAAUAAAAGGGGUUUUUCACAGUGCUGCUGUUCUGCAUGACGGGCUACUUGAAACACUUGAUAAGUCUCUCUUUGAAAAAGUCUUCCGUCCGAAGAUCAGUGGUGCAUUGAACCUUCACUACUCUACUUUAAACAGCAAACUUGAUUAUUUUGUAUGCUACUCAUCAAUUUCUUCUUUUAUUGGCAAUGCGUCCCAGGCUAAUUAUGCAGCAGCCAACUCAUUUCUAGACACUUUGUGCCACUAUCGGCGUAACGCUGGGCUUGCUGCACAGUCCAUCAAUUGGGGACCUCUUAAAUUGGGACUUCUGUUCAACAAAGAAGAUUUUCAAAAGUUUUUAGAAGCCAAAGGUUUGAUGACGAUGGAAAUUCCAGAAAUCCAUGAAGCUUUAAAGCACUGCUUAUUGGAAAACAAGCCUCAGCAAGCUGUGUGCAAAUUCAACUUCAGAAACUUAAAGAACAACGUUCUCUCUCAGAAUGCCUCUCUAAAAUUCAGACUAACUGCCUUAAUUGAGAAAGAAUUUAAAGACAAAACAGGUCAUGAGUCCAGGAAAAAACAGUCAUCAUUUGAUGAUUAUAUUAGAGGCAUUCUAGGUCACAUUUGCAAUGCUGAUGCCGAUGAGUUUGAUGCUGAAACCUGCCUUACUGCUCUGGGCAUUGAUUCAAUGUUGGCUAUGACAUUGCAGAAUCAAAUCUUUCAGGAUACUGGUGUAAAUAUUCCACUUAUUACUUUACUUGACCCUAACAUCACUCUAAACUCACUGGUCACGCUUCUAAAUGAAAGCAAUGAGGAAAAAUAAACAACGUAAAAAAAACAUCUUUGGAUCUUAAAUCUGUGACAAUUAUUUGAUCAAAUAUAGAAAAAUGUAUAACAUUGAUGUACACUCAAGAUGACAUUUAUGAAAAUAUU